AUGCGUUGUCUUUAUCGGUUGAUAGGAGAGACCGGACAACGAAUCCACCUGGUGUUCAAAGACUUUGACCUGUAUUUUGGCGGCCUGCACUGCCCUUACGACUCUUUGACUGUGUAUGAUGGUGACUCGAAUCAGGCGACGAUCAUCACCAAAGUCUGCGGCAUUCAGCAGAACCUGGAAAUAUUUUCGAUGAAAGAAAAUCUUUACAUCGAGUUCACAAGCGUUGACCUAACGCAAAACGAACAUCGUGGAUUCCACAUUGAAUACACAUUCAGCAGGCAUUUCGUGGAUAUUGACAGUUAUAUUGGCAACCAGGUUGGAGUGAGUCACUUGCCAGGGAGUGAGUGCGAUCUGCGAGUUCAGAGCGUCAAAGAAUCUGAACAUGUGAUAAAGUCGCCAAAUUUUCCAAACUCCUAUUCGUCCGCCAUGUGUACCUACAUCAUCGACGGGUUUCAAGGAGCGCAGGACUUAGAAAAAGUGUUGCUUCACAUCGAGGCUUUUUCCGUGACGUCAUAUGAAGAGAAGUAUGCAUGUUUAAAACUUUAUAUUUUCUGCAAGGAUGCAUAUAUGGCGAUUUUUUCCUCUGGACAGGACUAUACAAACGAUACGCCAGAUAUGAAGUUUUGUUCUACCAACCAGCAGUCCAUACCGCACAUAAUUGAGUCAAAUGAUGCACGUUUGGUGAUCGUACUUCAGACCAGCAACAACUCGAAAGAUCAGGGAUUCAAGGCUCUGGUGAAAUUUGAAACCGAUUUUGGUAUUUUGGGAACACCAGUAGGAGAUACGAAUGAAUGUGCCUUUAGUUUCAACUCGAAUGCAGUUAAACAAGGUGUUUUCAAUUCGCCACGAUAUCCAGAAAAUUAUCCGGUUGAAACAGUCUGCACUUAUAUGUUGAACGGACAGACCGACGAAAGAGUUCGAAUUGUAUUUGAUCAGUUCGUUCUGGCCAGUGAUCAGUCGUGUGCGGAUCGCGUUGAACUGUACAGCAUUUUCCCAGACAACCAUGAAACUUUACUGGGAAAGUACUGCUCCGGAACAUACCCUGGACCAAUUCUGUCUCCCCAACAAGUGAAUCGCGUGAAAGUUGUAUUCGUGUCGAAUGAACUGCUUACAGAUACGGGAUUUAAAGCUCUCUAUCAGUUCAUAUCAGAAAAGACAGUUCAGCGAAUUGGAAAGAAAAACGAUUGUGUGCAUCAAAUAAUCGGCUCGGUGUCAGGAUGGUUCAUGUCGCCAAACUUCCCUCAUCGAUACGAAGCGAAUCUUGCGUGUUUCUGGAAGAUACAGGUUCGCGCUGGAUAUCGAAUCCUGCUGCAAGCCGUCGAGCAGAAUAACGAAAGCAGCGUAUUCGGCAAAGAAUUUUGUGGCGAAAAGGCACUGCACAAUGCACGCGAGUACGUGUCGGAGAAAAACGUACUGUACGUCAGGUGA